AUGUACGCCUACUCCGCUAACAGCACCACCACGCUCCCGGGCACCGACUGCCGCGUAUGCCGCAUCAACGGCGACCUAAUCUGCCAUCUCUGGGGCGGGCCGUCAUUAUACGGUCCGCUCUGCGAGUCGAAGACGUGUCCGCAGGGCAAGAGCUGGCUGGACGGACCGCAAGGCUGCGAAGGGUGCUAUUGCGAUUGGGGGAUUAAGCAGCAUGAGCGGAUGCCAUGUCCUACCCCUGCUGGGGAUUGUAAAUGUGAGUACGUUGCGUAUAAGGGGGAUGAGAUAGUGAAGAAGAGCCUGCCCAGCGAGAGGUGUACGGUGUGUCCUUCCGCGGGGGCUGGAGACCCGUACUUGUGCACCGAGACGGGGAAUAUGAAGAAUUCGUACGGGCCGCUGUGCAUGGGGAGUGAGAUAGGGCCGGAGUGUAGGGGAAAGGACUGUGUUUGUAAUUGGAUGGCGACGACGGAGGGGCCGGCGUGGAAGAACGAAACAGCGUAG